GAUAUUUGUAAGCGUAUAUUGGUAAAAACAGUUUGUGAUUUUCUCUUAUUUUACAGAGCAGACGCUGGGAAAUCAUGCAGUUCAUCAUCUUCUCCAUCAUCCUCCUGAGCUUCCUGUACCUCACACUGGCACAAGACGAGACCUGCUGUCUGCAAUACAUUAAGAAAGUUAAAAUGUCCAUGAAGAACAGAGUGACCAGCUACAGAAAACAAGAGCUGGAUGGACGCUGCAGCAUCCCAGCUGUUGUCUUCACAUUGAAAGAUGGCCGUGAUUUUUGCACUGACCCCAGAGAAAAAUGGGUUCGAGUCCUUAUGUGGAGGGUAGACAGACUGUUGGGAGGGUCAUCUUUGACAAGGAAAGUGCGCAGUGACAGACCCAGGCAUAGGCCUGGUGCGUCACAAAAAGUUGUUCAGCGUCCACGGGCCCAGCAGCCACAGAAAUCUCCAAAGAAUAAAAUAGACAAUCGAUAUUCAUUCAAUCCGCAGCAGCCUUACAAGAGUCAGCAAAUCCCUAAGUUUGCUCCUAAUAAACAAAUCAAUAGACAAAUGAAUGUAUUUUUAAUUGUAUUUCUCUAUUUAUUGUCUUUUGUUUGUAUUUAAUAUCAUUUGUGUUUUCAAAUUUAUCUGUGUAGUUCUAGAAAAAAAAAUGUUAAACAUUGUUAAUUUUGUGAAUCCUUUUGUUUUUUGACUUUAUACUGCUGGUUAAAUUCUAAAUGUUACUCAAAAAUAAGCCAUAA